AUGGAAGCAGCUUUCAUGGAACAUCCAUUAUGGGCAGGUGCUACUGAUGAAGAAUUUGAUUCCUCAAUGGAGGGAUUGGAGAAAUAUGUCAUGACGAAAUUGUUCUCCCGAACAUUUGCUACUUCCCCUGAGGAUGUGAAGAUUGACCAAGAGAUCUCAGAGAAGAUACACUUGCUGCAAUCUUUUUGCGGCCUGAGCAUUUGGAUAUUCCUGCAUUUCUUCAGAAUGAAGCUUCAUGGCUGUAAUCUGAUUCUUGGAGCAGUUCAAUGCCAUAAACUAGGAAGUAUGUCGACUGAUGAUAUUUCUGUCGCCAUGCUGCAAUUACUUGCAGAAAAGGAAUUGCAGAAGUUAAAUGCUUUCAGAGCUCCUCGUGAGAAGCUUCUCUGUAUUAUGAGCUGCUGCAGGAUCAUCAACAAUUUGCUGCUCAAUGCAUCAAUGUCAGAAAAUCAUGUACUUGGAGGGGCGGAUGACUUUCUUCCUGUUCUUAUAUAUGUUACAAUCAAGGCAAGAUCUCCUUGGAGGCAGGCAAAACUUGUAUCUGAAUCAGCUUAUUAUUUGACGAAUCUUGUCUCAGCUAAGUCCUUUAUUGUCGAGUUAAAUGCCAAAUCUCUUUCUAUGGAUGAAUUUGAAUUUGAAGAGAGUAUGCAAGCAGCUAAAUUGGACAGCAAGGUAUCACAAGUAGAAGCUUUACAAUCAAAGACAGACCCUGGUCCUUCAACAAGAAUGCAUGGCAUGGAAACAAAUAUAGAUGGAAGAUCAAAUUAUCCAUAUAUGGAAGCUGAGCCUGGUGAAUUGACAGUUGAAGAUGUAGAAAGAUUGCUGAGUCUGUACAAAGAUGUGGUUACAAAGUACAGUAGACUUUGCAGGGCUGUUAGUCAUCCCUCUGCAGCCAGAGGAGAACCAUCUCUUCCUGCUCAUAAAGAAAAAGGUGACCUUCUAGUGCAACCUGAGGGACAAUCGCAAAUGAUCCAAGAAGCAGAAGAAGAGUCAGAACACAAAAAGACUAUGGAGCUACAUUUGUCAAAUGAGAGAACAAAUCCCCCAUAA